AUUUGUUUAACGAAUUGACAAGUAAAUUUAAAUAUUUCUUUGAAUUUUAACGAAAAAUGACUGACAAGAAUGAAAAUGAUAAUUUUAGAAAAGAAAUGGAAGAAUCUCUGAUUGAUUUGCAAAAGGGCGAAAAAGAACUUUUGCGAGAAAAAUCAUUAUAUAAAACUUUAGUAUCAGUCUUGAAUACACAAUUAGAAGAAUCCGAAAAGAUGAAGAAGCAAAAGGAUCAAAGCAUUAAAGAUGAUUCAAAACAUUCUCUUCUUUCAAGUUCUAUGUCAUUUAAUAAGAGUACUUAUACUUUAAAAUCUAAAAGUUCUAUUUUAAAUUUUCGUAAUAAACAGUGCUAUUACAAUCUCGAGAAGAGGAUUAAAAAAAUGGAAAGCGGCAUCGAAGAACUUGCAAUGUUUAAAGUCUGCAAAGAGAGAGAUUCAUUUCUUCUUGCUUUGAGUAAAUACGGCUCAGAAGAAUAAAUAUAUUUAUGAGGUUUCUAUGGAAAUAAAAUUAUCGAUCAAUCAAGCGAGUUUUAUUGUUUUAACGUCAAAAAAAUAAUUUGAAUCGUUGAUCAUGGACGUUACGUAUUCUUAUCAAAAGAAACGAUCCGAAUUCGGGCGGCAAUGCAUGUUUUCAGACAAAGGUCCAGACCUUAUAGACAACCAUCCUCCAAACAAAAAGCUUUACAAACAGUUUAUACUCAGGGAUCCAGUUGACAGACAUCAGCAAUGCUUGAAAGUUUUUGCCGAGCACACAAUAAACACGGAACGUGCAGAAUACACGAACACCCAGAUAAACCACAUAGAAGGAGGUUGGCCCAAAGAUGUAAAUAUGUUUGACGAAGAACAAACGAAGAGGUACCGCAGAAAGGUGGAAAAGGAUGAAAAUUAUUUUCACAUCAUGAUGUCCCUAUUCAAAAAUAUGGAAAGUGUAAUCUUACAAAACAACGCUGUUAAUAUUUACCAGCAGUACUUUUCCGAUGUACAAGCCACUCCGUUGCUCGAACGCAGUUCGGCGAGAACUCUGAACGUUUACCAGGACCAAUGCUCGCCAACCAGGCCGGUAAAUCGUAUUUCUUGGUCGCCAGACAAUCAAACCAAAAUGGCAACCGCUCACUGUAAUUUGGUUUUUCAAGCCAAAAUACCCAACGAAAUGUAUAAUUCGUACAUAUGGGACAUCGAAAAUCCUAAUAGACCAUUAUUGGUGAUCAAGCCACAAAGAUCGCUCGUUUGUUUGGAAUACCACACGAAAGACCCGAAUAUUUUGGCGAGCGGUGACAAAGAAGGACUACUAGCGAUAUGGGACGUCAGGAAAGGAGCUGAACCGGUUGCGGAGAGCAUAAUGGAAUCAAGUUUCCUCGAUCCUGUUUACUCAGUCAUUUGGAUGCACUCGAAAACGGGCUGCGAGUUUUUCUCUUGUUCCACCGACGGCACCGUUAAAUGGUGGGACAGCAGAAACAUGUCCGAACCUACGGAAACUUUAAUUCUCGACUACACGAGGGACGAGGAACAAACCUUGACGGCGGCGUUGGGCGCUUCCUGUCUCGAAUACGAGCCAACUAUUCCGACGCGUUUCAGUGUCGGCACCGAGCAAGGACUUAUUCUAUCUUGCAACAGGAAAGGCAAAACGGCGAUGGAAAAGAUGGCAGGUCGUUUCCAGGCGCAUCUUGGUCCGGUUCUCGCCGUCCAACGGAAUCCGGGUUACGUUAAGAAUUUCCUGUCUAUCGGCGACUGGUCCGCGAAAAUUUGGUCGGAGGAUUGCAAAGAGAGUUCGAUUAUCUGGACCAAGUAUCACACGAGCAGACUUACGGACGGUUGCUGGAGUCCGACUAGGCUGUCGGUAUUCUUUACGACGAGGAGCGAUGGCGUUUUGGACGUUUGGGAUUUGUUGAUACAGCAGGAUCAGGCGAUGCUAGGCGUUAAAAUAUGUGACGACGAAUUGACGGCUUUGAGAUGUACGGAUAACGGCAGAUUGAUCGCCGUCGGUACCAAAAAGGGUUCCGUCUACUUGGUGCAGUUCAGCGAAAAUUUGACGGUCAACAACAAAAACGACAAGGCAUUAUUAGGAGCGAUGUUUGAACGUGAAAGCCGCAGAGAAAAAAUUUUAGAAGCACGCAACCGCGAGCUAAGGUUAAAGCAGAAAAAAAGCGGUGCCGCAAUAGACAUCGAAUCGUCAGUGAUGUCCAUGACCUCGUCGUUGUUAACGGCGGAUCAGGAUUUGUUCGAAGAUAAGUACGUGUUGCAGUGCGAGGAGGAGUUCCACGCUCUUAUCGAAAAGGAGACGAGGCCACCGGAACCAGAGGUAGAGGUGGUGGAGCUGGUACAACCUAUCGAGGAAGUGGUGGAAGAACCACCACCGCCGCCGCCUCCUGCACCUGAACCUGUUGAAGAGAAGGAGGACAAGAAGAAGAAAGGGAAGGGAAAGAAAAAGAAAUAGUAUUCGAACUCUUAUUACUUUUACUUAUCUGCAAUACACAAAUUAUACACUUAAGUAUGUUAUAAUUAUAUUUAUCAGGGAAUUUUUCUCCCAUAUUAUAAAAUUUUUAGUAUCAA